UUUAUUUUUGCUGAAUAAAAAAGUAGUAAUAAUAAUAUUGUGAGAGGCUGCGCUGGGUUUGCCGGUUUUUAUUUUUGUGAAUUGUAUUGAAUUAAUUACAAAAAUGUCUCUGCUCACGAAACCCAAGUCGGAAAUGACACCAGAGGAGCUGGCGAAGAGAGAGGAGGAAGAGUUCAGCACUGGUCCGCUGUCUGUUUUAACACAGUCCGUGAAGAACAACACGCAGGUGCUGAUCAACUGUCGCAACAACAAGAAGCUGCUGGGGCGAGUGAAGGCCUUCGACCGCCACUGCAACAUGGUCCUGGAGAACGUGAAGGAGAUGUGGGUCGAGAUGCCUCGCACCGGCAAGGGGAAGAAGAAGUCGAAGCCAGUGAACAAAGACCGCUUCAUCUCGAAGAUGUUCCUGCGAGGAGACUCUGUGAUUCUGGUGCUCCGAAACCCGCUGGCCACAACCGCUCCAGCGACCGCCGCUGCCGCCACGUAACUGCAGGACCGUUCACUCUGCAGUGCAGCGUCACACGUGCUACUGCAGUUUUAAUCUCCCAGACAUUUACACACUACCUGUGUGUUCCAAAAGUUGACAUUCUUUACAUUUUGUGUUCUUUUUUUUAGGACGUGACUAUUCAGUUGUCAUUGAUAGGUGAAUGUAUGAAAUUUGUAAUAGUCUGGUACAUAUUGCAGUAUACAUUUUAAGUAUUAAUAAUAAAAGCUGUUUGUGUCUACCCAAA